AAGGCACUCUUGUCCAAUAAACGACACAGGACUAACACGACCAAAGCCACAGGGUACCAUGAGAAAUCAGAAUACAGGCGCCGAUCCCUGAAAAGCUCUCUCACAUAUGAGGGCAGACCAACCCCAAGCUCCUCUCGGUCCUUUUGUUGAACACCCAUGAUUAGACCAAUGAAAACAUCUGUAUCCUGAACAAGCUUUGUCAUCUUUAAAAAAAAAAAAGGAAGGAAGAAAUAAAGAGCAAAAGAACAGAUGCUUCUCUCCAAGCAGGAUUAACAUCCAGUGACUGAAUAAAUUCAGAUCCUUCUGAGCCCUCUUCCAGAAUAAGUAUCGGGAAAUGAGUGACCUCUACAACUUCACCAAUGGAACUGGAAAUUACAGUCUCUGUACCAGAGAUUACAAAAUCACCCAAGUUCUUUUCCCCCUGCUCUACACGGUCUUGUUUGUUGUUGGGAUCAUCAUGAACAGUCUGGCAAUGGGAAUUUUCUUCCAAAUCCCCAGCAAAUCUAACUUCAUCAUCUUCCUCAAGAACACCGUCAUUUCUGACCUUCUCAUGAUACUGACUUUCCCCUUCAAAAUACUCAGCGAUGCAAAGCUGGGAGCAGGACCGCUGAGGGCAUUUGUGUGCCAGGUCACCUCAGUCAUAUUCUACUUCACGAUGUACAUUAGCAUCUCCUUCCUUGGCUUGAUCACCAUUGACCGUUACCAGAAAACCACCAGGCCAUUUAAAACAUCCAACCUCAACAACCUGCUUGGGGCCAAGAUUCUUUCCGCUGUAAUUUGGAUAUUCAUGUUCCUCCUGUCCUUGCCAAACAUGAUCUUAACGAAUAAGAAACCAGGGCACUCAAACGUGAAAAAAUGUGCUUUUCUCAAGUCAGAGUUUGGCCUGGUGUGGCAUGAAAUUGUCAACUACAUCUGCCAAGUCAUUUUCUGGAUCAACUUGCUCAUUAUAAUCGUAUGCUACACACUGAUCACGAAAGAGCUCUAUCGAUCCUAUGUAAGAACGAGGGGGGUGGGCAAAGCACCUAAGAAAAAGGUAAACAUCAAAGUGUUUAUUGUCAUUGCAGUGUUUUUCAUUUGUUUUGUGCCUUUUCAUUUUGCCAGAAUUCCCUACACCCUAAGCCAAACGAGAGAUGUUUUUGAUUGCACUGCUGAGAAUACCUUAUUUUAUGUGAAAGAGAGUACCCUGUGGUUGACUUCCUUGAAUGCAUGCUUAGAUCCAUUCAUAUAUUUUUACCUCUGCAAAUCCUUUAGGAAUUCCUUGAUGGGCAUGUUGAGACACAGAAAUGCUCCUACCAUGUUCUCACCCCAGGAAAUCAGAAACAAAGGGCAGGACAACAGCAGCCCAUCAGAAGAUAUCCCAUUAUAGAAUAAAGAGGCAUUGAGAAAACUUUGUUGAAGAAAAGCACUAUAGAAAUAAAAGUAUUAUUGCUUACUGAGAAGUAGGUGAGUUGAUGGCCAAAUCCGCCAAAACAAAGAAUUUUUUAGAAAAGCCAACAAAAUACUUUAUUAACCUUCAGUUAGGACUUUUCAGUAUUCUAAGCUAUUGUUAAUAUGUAGGGAAGUAACCUAACGGAAAGGCAUGUAACAAACUACCGUAUAAUAGCGUCAUAGUGCAUCACAGAAAGAAACAGAUGUUUUUCCAAGAUUAUAUAGUGAAUUAAGUACUAUACACUAUCUACUUUGAUUUUUUUAUUGAUAAGGUUCCCUUAUUAACGGAAAAAGAAUGGUUCACCUUCUGAACAAUAAUUAUUACUUAACAAAACUUCCAUAUGCUAAGAUAUUAACUCCUAACUCAGUAACUGACCUAAAUAUUUAAGUAGUUUUGUUGUCAUAAAGGGGAAAAAAAGGUCAUAGUACAUAUCCUGAUAGUGAACUAUGAACAUUAACUUGACUGGUGUAACACAAAUGAAAAUGAAUUUUAUCUUUAAAUCAGCAUUAAGUAAAUAAACUUCUCAAUUUCUAAA